ACUCGGACGUAUCAUAGCCAGUGCAAACAAGUCCCAUCUUGACUUGUCACCCCGGCAGCUUCACAAAACCUCUGGCUAUAUAACUUCCUCGAAUCCGCCCACCACUCGGCCGCGGACUCGAACUAUCACCACUGGUGAAAUCACACGACACUUCUCUUUUGUCCAUAGCGGACGAGUCUCAUAGUCAUGGCGGCAAACAGAAAUCGCCGCCUGGUCAAAGAAAUCCAAGAUGUGCAAAAAGAUAGCCACUCGGGUGUCUCGCUCGAGCCGCUGAACAAGGCUCAGACCGGCUCCGACACUCUCGAUGACCUGACACAUUUCAAGGGUGUCUUCCGCGGCCCUCCAGACACUCCCUACCACGGCGCUACUUACCAUGUCGACAUCAAAAUCCCAAACGACUAUCCCUUCCAGCCUCCCGUCAUGAAGUUCACCACAAAGAUCUGGCACCCCAACAUCUCCAGUGUUACUGGUGCCAUCUGUCUCGAUACUCUGGGCUCGGCCUGGUCACCAGUCCUUACCCUCAAGUCCGCUCUCAUCUCUCUCCAGUCGCUACUAUCCUCGCCUGAACCGAAAGACCCUCAAGACGCAGAGGUCGCCCGCAUGCUCAUCACAAAUCCUGCCGAAUUCGCACACGUCGCUCGUGAGUGGGCUAUCAAGUAUGCUGGUGCUCCAGAAGGUGAUCCUGGCUCAGAGACCACUGGUGCAGAGGGAAGCGGAGGUGUAACCGAAGAGACACUUAAGAAGAAGGACGAUCAGAAACGGGAAAGGGCAGAAGCCGCAAAGCUCGCACAGUAUCACGGAUACAACAAGCUUCUCGUGGAUCGCUUCUCCGCCAUGGGCUUUGACGUUCCAACUGUCGUUGCCGCCUUUGAGUUCACUGGCAUUGACAAGAACGACGGCGAGGACUACGAGCUCGAGGAGGAGUACAUGGGCGACAUUACUGCAAGACUUUUCGGCGAGGCGUGAUUUGCACUUUUAAUUCUAUCCCGGCCCUUCUUUCUGAUUAUCAAGUUACUGUGCAGUGGUAGGUUACGAUAACACGACAUUAUGAUGCUGUACCCAGCUCAAGAACCCUUUUUUGGCUCAUACGGCCACUGAGCCUUGCUUUUGCCCAACAACUAUCAAUUAGGUACAUACAUAUCCUUCUACAGAUAGCAAAAUGAAACGACAUACGACCUCACACUUCUC